GGUCGACCAUCUCACUCGUACCUCCCCAUUUUGUCAACAACCAUGGAGUACGAACCAGACGCAGCUGGAAGGGAGUCCUACAUUCUUUGUGCCGACUGUGGCACCGUCAUUUCAUCCGCCAACGGCGCAGGUCUCUGCGUGGGAUGUCUCCGCAACACCAUCGACAUUACUGAGGGUAUCCCCAAGGAGGCGGUCAUUAACUUCUGCCGUGGCUGCGAGCGCUUCCUCUCUCCACCCCAGACAUGGGUCGCUGCCGCGCCCGAGUCGCGCGAGCUCAUGGCUAUCUGUCUGAAGAAGAUUGCGCGGCCGCUGCAAAAGGUGCGCCUUAUCGACGCAUCUUUCAUCUGGACUGAGCCGCACUCGCGCCGCAUCAAGCUCAAGAUCACGAUCCAGAAGGAAGUGCUGGCCAACACGGUGUUGCAGCAGACUUUCGAGCUUACGCUCGUGGUGCACACGGGCCAGUGCCCGCAGUGCACGCGCUUGGCGGCUAAGAACACGUGGAAGGCGUCGGUGCAGGUCCGCCAAAAGGUGACGCACAAGCGUACCUUUUUGUUCUUGGAGCAGCUUAUCCUCAAGCACGGCGCACACAAGGACACGAUCAGCAUCUCGGAGAAGCGCGAUGGUCUCGACUUUUUCUACGCCGAGCGUAACCACGCGAUCAAGAUGUGCGAGUUCCUCGCCUCGGUCGUACCCGUGCGCGUCAAGGGCUCGGAGCAGCUUAUCUCGAGUGACACGCACAGCAACACGGCAAACUACAAGUUCACGUACUCGGUCGAGAUUGUACCUGUGUGCAAGGACGACCUUGUGUGUCUGCCCAAGUCUAUUGCGAAGCAGUGGGGCAACAUCUCGCCUUUGACGCUAUGCUCGCGUGUCGGUAACACUCUCCACCUGAUGGACCCCACGACGCUGCAGCAGACGGACGUGUCGGCGCCGGUGUACUGGCGCCAGCCGUUCAACUCGCUGUCUCAGGUGUCUGACCUGAUCGAGUUUAUCGUUCUGGAUAUUGAGCCGCUCGGGCCGCAGCGCGGCAAGUGGGUGCUGGCCGAUGCGCAGGUGACGCGCUCGCAGCGCGGCGGUGCACACGAGUACGACGAUGGGAUGGGCGACGACGGCAUCUACCACACCCGCACGCACCUCGGCGCCAUCCUGCAGCCUGGUGACACCGUGCUUGGCUUCGAUUUGACGAACGCCAACUUCAACAAUGACGCCUUCGAAUCGCUCGACGCCCACCGGAUACCGAACAUUAUUCUUGUCAAGAAGACAUACCCCAACCGCCGGAAAAAGAGCAAGCCCCGCAACUGGAAGCUCAAGUCGAUGGCCAAGGAGGCAGAAGACGGCAUCGAGCAGAGCGGGUUCGGGCGUGGUGCGCUCGGCCGCCGCGGUGGUGUCGACACGAAGAACGUCGAGCGAGACUAUGAGCUCUUCCUCCGCGAUCUCGAGGAGGACAAGGAGAUGCGCCAGGCCAUCAACCUGUACCGCGCCGAGGAGCCUGCUGCCGAGGACGAGGACGACGGCGACGUCGCCAUGGGCAGCGGCGCCAAAGCUGGGUCCGGCAUGCGCGGCGGCAAGCGCCGCGCGGGUGCUGUCGCGGCAGCGGCCGCCGGAAUGGACGUCGAGGAGGAGAGCGUGGACGCGGACGGUGACGACGAGGAUGAGGAGGAGGACUUCCCGGAGAUCGAGCUCGACGAGCUGCUCGAGAACUUUGAAGAGCUUGACAUGGGCGACGGCGACGAGGUGCUCUAAGCCUGCGAGAGCUGUCGCUAUGUCUGCCUUCAUCUUAGAGACUCGUCGGCCCGGCUGGGCCUCCACUCGCUCCUGCGGUUGGACUGUACACUAUUGUUGCGUCGUUCGCGCCCGCCCAAGGGCCGCAUGACAUUGUUCAUAGUUUUAAGGAUCCAAAAGCUGUCCCAGCAUGCACGAAGUGCGUCCAUGAG